GAAGAUUCCCCUCGGGGCAGAUUCACUAGGCGCGCUGUGCUGUAUCUCUGCGCCUCCGCCUGGGAUUUUCAUUCUUCAGCUUCCCUAGGCGCGCGUCCCCCCUACCACCACACCUCCACUUACACGACACCUACACUCACACGUUACUGACACAGUCUUCAGUUGCUCUUGAAGGAAGAUGGUUCGGCGCUCUGCCCGCGCGGCGUCACAGCGCAGUGGCAAGCGGAAGCGCGACGAUGGGGAUGACGAGCCGGUGAAGAAGGCGAAGAAGGGGAAGAAUGCCAAGCUGGGCACGGUAGAGGAAGAAGGAGAAGAGGUACGGAAGGAUACCAAUACCGUCAACAACAACAACGGCCAGGGAGCUAACAACAUUCAACAGGACGGGCAGCAGCAGGCAGCCCUUGACGCCCCUGUUGGCAACGCCGCCCCAGUGGCCGCAGACGCAAAGGCUUUGGCGAAGGCCAUUGACUCUGCUUCUGAAGCUGGAAAGACUGUUCAAGGAGAACUUGGCCAAGGAGUUCAGGCCGGGCCGAGCAUGGCCACCCCCCCUCCACAGAUUCCAACUAUUAUCAUCACAAACGACCGAGAUGAAGUAGCUGUUGUCGUUGACGAGCCAGGCCCUCCAGCCCGCCUAACCCGAGCCCGAACACGUGCGGCAUCACAGGCACCAGGCCUGUUAGCUCCACCGACCGCCGCUCCUCUUGCUCGAAAGCUUCGGGGCAAGACACAAGUCCCCCAACAAGCACCACAACUCCAGUCAGCCACUCCGGGCGUGGAUGCAGACUUCCUAGCAGAAAUGGCGGAACUGGAGGAUAAUAUAAUGGGAGAAGGUGAAAACGCAGAGGAACAACAGCCCGUAGUUGCUGGGCCAUCCGGAGGAAAAGGCAAGGAGCGUGCACUACCAGCCGAAGACGUCAACGCUGAGUCAGCCUCGUCUACCUCCACCACAACACAACCUCCAGCUCGCGUCACCCGCGCUGCUAGCAAAUCCGACCCCACAAUGGCACCGCCUAGACAUCCUGGCGUUCGGUACGCACAGCCUGCCACCCCGGCAGAGAAGAAGUUCAAUGAUUUCCGCACAAAGCGAAUGUGGAAGUACCAGGAGGCCGUCAACAAGCUCAACCCUCCCAAUCACAGGAAGUUGUUGGCACCCGUCGUCAAGGCGUUGACCCGACAGGCCCCUGCGACGGACGAAGAGGCGGUGGCAUCGAAGACUCUGGAGAACGCCAUAGCGCGUGCGACGGAUAUGCGAGGACUUCCAACCGUCGGUGUGCCUGCGGGCGAGCGAAUUACGCUCAUGCCCACCCAAUCGGCGGAGGAUCCAGUACUCUUUGGCCCAACCCCGGCCGGCCCCCACCCUCUCCCUCCCUCGAACGAGCCGACCGACCAGACACCGGCUGCCCUAGAAGCAGCCAGACACGGCAAAGAGACGAGGCGGAGGCGCCGACUCCUCAAGACCCUCAAGGAAGAGGGCCUGGCCACCUACUCCGUGGCCCACAGCCUCGGACACCUCCUCGCCGGAGCCUACUUCUUCGGCUACGAACACACCUCCAUCAUCACCAAGGACAGGCCCCUCACCUUCCAAGAAGCGAUCAAAAAGCACAAGAUCCGCAUUCUCGGCGGUGACUGGCUGGACGCCGAGGCUCUCGGUGAAGGCAUAGUGGUCGACGCCAACGGCAAGAUUGUCGGGACCCACAAGCGUGUUUGGAUGCCACUGCGGAAUCCAAAGUAUAAGCCGGAGGAUGGUAAAGAACUCCCCAAAGACCCUGGCAUUUGGUGCCGCUAUGUGGCCCUGCAUGAUGGUUUGAAUUCGCUGGACGACGUGCCCGUCACUGAGCAGAUGAGGACUCAGCUCGGCCAAGCAUACGACCACGCCGAAGAGAUGCGCAUUGCCCAAAUCAAGCUCACACACGUCAAGAAGCAGAAGGGCGGGUACUGUGACGCCAAUGUGGCUGAAGAGACUCGAACCGACCUGGACCGGAAAGAGGACAUGUGCAUGAAGACAUACCACCGCCUCAAGCGCAUGCAGACGCAGAUCGAGCUCCUCGCACCAGAAGACCAGUUCCAGUUCAUCAUUCCACCAGGCGCGGGCAGCGAUUCCUGGGGCGGAGAUACCGUCCACGUCGUCGACACCGCCAUUCGAAACGCCUUUGGCCGCAAGCCCGGCAACGACAUGAUUGCCGAACUCAGCGCUCGCCCAGUAAAGGCAAUUCCCAUCAUCCUCGAGCGCCUAUGGACCCAUUGGGAAGCGUUAAAGAAGCAAGACUUAUCAACCAUCCGCGAGCGCAUACAAUGGGAGUUAGACCACCGAGCCUGGCAUUCCUUCGCUCUCAGGAUCGACGAGGACGCGGAGAAAAAGCGACUCGAAUUCUCACAACAGGACUUCGAUGAUAUCGCGGCCGACGAUGCUGAGCGAACUCCGGAGCAGACGGUGGAGUGGGAGGCGGAUAAAGCCCGAGCACAGAUCUUGGUGGACGAGUCCAAUGGCCGCGGUACUAUCGACACGCCCUCAGUCUUCGACGAAGAAACCAUGCAUGGCGGCAUGAUCACGGACGAGAUGGUGGAGAUGGCCAGGCUCUCCACCGAGCAGCGCCUCAAGCAGCUCGAAGAGGGCAAGGAAACCGACACGAACUACCCGAUGCCCGACGACCGCAACAACUCGAGGCGUAUUUAUGAGGAGAGGCGUGUUGCUGAGGAGCGCGAUGGAUAUGAUGUUAGGCAGGGUAUGCUCCCUGCUUGGUGGCAUGAUCCAAAGAACAUCCGCGCUGUCAUCCCUCCCUUCCUUGGAGACCGUGCCGCAGAGGAAUCAGCACAAGCAGCUGCAGGGGUCGUACCAGAUGCUAAGGACGCCCCCGCAACUCGUCCAGAGGCCAAGAAAGCAGCGGAGGGCAACUCAAGCGCUCCUGUGCCAGUCCCUGCAACAGUGGAGACCCCAGAACAGAAGCAUGCCCGCAUCAAGGCUGAGUGGGAGGCUCGUCAGAUUGAAAUCCAGCAGUACGAGGCCCAGGGCAAGUACUCGAGCGAACGUAAUGAUGCUCCUCCGGCGUCUGGAAAUUCCGAGGACCAAGCAGCUGGAAUCAACAACGCCAUUGUCAUCGAGGACACCGCAUCCUCCAGUCCUCCCAGUGGUGCGAGCACCAAACCUACCGUACCCUCAACGCCAUUGGCGACGCCGCAGCCCAACAUUCGCAAGACUCAGCCUAAAGUACCUUCGGCACCAAAGAAGUUCAAGAAGUCCGAUAUCUUCAAGCGAGACAAGUCCAACCUACUCCUUCGGGCGAUCAAGAACCAGCAUAAAGUUGUAUCUGCGAAGAACCAAGAAGCUAGCAACCCCCAAGUCGCGGCCACAAACACCAUCGACACUCCAGCAACUUCUGAAAUUCCCGACAACUCCUCAGAAGGAAUCCUCGACGACUCUGGAUCUGCAUCAGCAAAUCCUUCCACCGAGCAAGGAACUAGUGGCGUUCCAGCCAGUUCCAGCAAUGUCACCGGGUAUUUGGAGGCGCGAGAGGACAUGAUGAACCAGUUCUUGGCGGAUCGCAACAGCAGAGAGACCUUCCAGGAAUGGCUAUCUCGCCACGGGUCGGUUGAUCCGCUUCCUAUGUCUGGUCCUAGCGGAGAGGAUGCAAUCCAGCAAGACGAGUCUGGAGAUGUGGAGAUGGGAGAAGCUGAAGCUACCCAAGGCACGGCAUCCAUCACCGGCGAAGAGAAUAUGGGAGAAGCUGAAGCUACCCAAGGCACGGCAUCAAUCACCGGCGAAGAGAAUGCGGAGAUGGGAGAAGCUGAGGAUACUCCACGCGCGGCCUCCAACACUGGGGAUGAGAACGUCGAGAUGAGAGAAGCCGCAGCUACCCCAGGCUCGACCUCUAAUACUGGCGAUGAGAACGUGGAGAUGGGAGGGACAGAUACCGAAAACCAGACCAGCGACGCAACCAACACCGCGGAACGAGAUUCGAUGAUUGUUGUCCUGCACAUUGGAUCCCAGAAGCCAUCUGGCGUUCCUAAGGCAGUGCUAACUACCGCGAAUCCUCCUCGCGCUAUCAGGACUCGAGCUGCGCACGCACGUAUGCUUGAAUCGACCCAAGCCCAGGGACAGGCUGCUUUCCAAACUCUGGCAGCAUCCAAGACCGCUGCGACCACCAGCGCUCCAAACAAGCGAACCGAGAAGGGCGAAUCGAGCAAGGCCAUUGCAACUAGGUCAUCGAGCAAGCCAGCUGAGACCGCUGCGACCCGCGUGUCGAACCCCGCCGCUGAAAUGGUCGUGAAGGCAGUGAAUCAGGGAUUGCUGCAGGCUGGCCUCCGCGCUUCUAUUCAGACACUGGCGCAAGAUGGGGAGCAGGCACAGGAAGGUGCUGCUUCUACUCCGAGGACAGUCCAGAAGUCGGGAUGGACUCCGAUAAAUGCCCAAGUUGAUGGCUUUACUGAUGUGGACUAUAACGAUGCGGCUACUUUCUUCGGUGAUGUGGAUGGCGCAGACGAGCUAGGAGGAGACGAGGCCGGUAUUGGAGACGCACAGCACAACGACAAUGCUGAUAGCGACUACGAUGCCGAAGAGGAUGAUUUCGAAGGUCAGGACGACCAUGACGACCAGGACGGCCAAGACUCGGACGAAGACUACGACAGUGAUAACGACGGCGGUCCUCCAAAGGGCGGCGCCCCCGUGAAGAAGGGCAAGGAGAAGGCCAAAGCGACGGCCACCACGAAGGGCAAAGGAAAGGCUCACGCCACCGCCAAAGGCAAAGGUAAAGCAAAGGUCGAGGAUCCAGAGUCCGACACCAACGACGAGGAACUACCAGCCUGCGAAAAGCCCAAGAAGCUGUAUAAGCACCUCGCCAUCGACCCGAACGAGUACGACGAGCAAGGCAACCGCCUGACCGAUUCCAACGGCAAUCCCGUCCCGUACUUCCGCUUCAUGGUGGGCAGCCACGACGCGGACCGUCUGCUAAUCCGCAAGAAGCUCCGCAGGACCUUGGAAGAGCGGAAACCCUACGAAUUCCCUCGCACGGCCACCAUGGACUUCGACGACAAGGAAAUGAUCGAGGACGCCAACAAGUGGCGCCGCCAGAUCAUGCGGCGGUCGUAUCCCGAAGACCGCGUGUAUGAGCAUCGCGAUACCUACGUCGAUGAGGAGUGCGAGUUCAUGCGCGAAUACGUGCGCCAGGACAUCAAGAAGCGUGGUCGCGAAACUGUGGCUAGCCGUCCGCUGUGGGAAAAGCUCUUCAUGGCCUUCAAGAAGCAAUUCCCCGAUUCAACACGGACGAAGCCAGCGGUGACGUCGUGGUGCGGCCGCGACGUGGAUAUCGCGGCCCAGAAAGGCAUCCCCGUGAAGAAAUCUAGUUCGAAAACAGCCAAGGCCAAGGCGGCGGACGAUGAGGCGGCGGACGCUAAGGCGACGAUCGCAGGCCUUUCCCAGCCGAAGGUUGCUCUGGAGGCUGUCAAGGGAAAGAAAGGCAAAGCUGCUACUGAAGCCCAAGCCACGACCGCAGGUCCCUCGGCGCCUGCUCGUAGAGGCCGCAAGCGAAAACAUGCGGAGACGGUCCAAGAGGAGCCCGAUUCCGACGAUAGCAACGCCUACCAGCAAGACACACGCCAGGUCGACGUUCUAGCACGUCGAAACGUCCAAAUCCAACCCCCAGCAAAGCGUCUCCGCCUUCGCCCUGGCCUCGAAGAACGCAUCGAGGCUCCUCCAAGCUCCCAGGCAAUUGCAGCUACUUCCUGGCCAAAAUUUGUCUUGAAGCUUCGAGUCCAUGACGGUAGUCGAGGGAUUGUUCUUUCCGAGUCGACUGAGCCCGAUCACGCCAAUGGGAAACUGGCACAAGAGGACUCCUCCGAGAAAGAACAAGAAAAUGGCGAUUCGGCUGAGAACGGAGGUCUAGAUGGAGGAGAUGAGCUCGGAGAGCAAGAGCAAGAGCCUCAGGAUGAUGAGGUUGCCGAGGAAGGAGAAGUGACAGAGAUUCCGGAGACGCCACCCCCUCGCAAGCGCAAGCGCCAGGACGACGAUGACGAUAGCUUCCAUCCUGGCAAACGUGCGAAGUCAAACAAGGGCAGGAAGCGCUAGGUGGGUGGCUGAGGUUG